CUGGGAGGGCGCGUCCCUGCGCCUUAUGAAUGAAUGAAUGACAGCAAGCAAACCAGCGGCUGCUCGUUUGCCUGGAGUGGCCAAGGCAGAUGACAGGCGCCCGGAGAAGUGGACCAGGAGGCGGGAAGGAGACCCGGACAGAGCAAUUAUUUCAUAAUAUUUCACGAGCAUUAGAUCAUGGGGAGAAUGCAGCUGAGGAACAGUAUAAUGGGAAGAAAAUCACCAUAGUUAGUCAUCUUUUCAAGGAGCAGCUUGAGAAACUGCAAGUCACUUCUGGUGUGAGAGAAUUGGCCAUCUGCAAGGACAUUACCCAGAGGAUGCCCAGAUGUUUUUGAUGUUUUACCAUCCUUGUGAGAAGCUUCUCUCAUGUUCCCGCAUGGGGAGCCGGAGCUGAUAGAGGGAACUCAUCCGCGGUCUUCCUGGAUUUGAACUGGCAACCUUCAGGCCAGAGAUGGCUGGACCUCGGUUUGUUUCCAACAGAACAUCCAAACAUGCUUUAUUAUCAAAUUCUGAUUACACUUGGGAGUAUGAAUAUUAUGAAUAUGAGCCAGUUUCCUUUGAAGACCUCAAGGCUCAUAAAUAUUCCAUUGUGAUUGGGUUUUGGGUUGGCCUUGCUGUCUUCGUCAUGUUUAUGUUUUUUGUACUCACCCUCUUAACAAAGACUGGAGCAUCACACCAGGAGAACACAGACUCUGCUGAAAAAAGGCUUUGCAUGAACAAUUUUGUGGCCGACUUUGGGCGACCGCUGGAUUCUAACAGGAUCUUUUCCCAGCAAGUUGCGGAAGAGUCCAGGUUGCUCUUCAAUUGUUACAUCAAUGAGCUUGAGAACGUAGGAGCAAAACCAUGCCCCAAAGUGCCAGUUACAGACAGUAACAUCCACUUCCAGGAAGUCAUGCAUACCAGGGCAAGGCUGGAAGAGGAGCUGCAUUGCCACACCAAGUUCAACAUCCCCAACUUUGUGAACACUGACCAGAGUUCCCUGGGUGAAGAUGACCUGCUGAUUUCUGAACCACCUAUAAUUUUAGAGAACAAACCAGUCAUUCAUGCGUCCCACUAUAUUCCUGACUGAAGAAAAUCUAUCUAUCUAUCUAUCUAUCUAUCUAUCUAUCUAUCUAUCUAUCUAUCUAUCUAUCUAUCAUCUAUCUAAUCAUCUACUUACCCAACUUCCUUUCAGUCUGGAAUUUCUUCUUUUAUAUUGCACCAGCGGUAGUCUGUAUUAAUAGAAUAUAUUUCAUCUCCAGAUCCCCUUGUAUGCUUCAAGUAAAAGGUCCUAUCAUCACAAAUGAAUGGGAAGAAGGAAGAAGCAGCUAAUCAUUCUCCCCUGCCCCCCACCAGAAAAAACAACGAAACAAGAAAACGCUUACAACUGCAGGUGCAGUGAGUUAAAUUGCUGAGCUGCGGAACUUGCUGACUGAAAGGUCGGCGGUUCGAAUGUGGGGAAUGGGGUGAGCUCCCGCUGUUAGCCCCAGCUUCAGCCAACCUAGCGGUUUGAAAAUAUGCAAAUGAGAGUAGAUCAAUAGGUACCACUCCGGCGGGAAGGUAAUGGUGCUCCAUGCAGUUAUGCUGGCCAAAUGAUCUUGGAGACAUCUAUGGACAAUGUUGGCUCUUUGACUUAGAAAUGGAGAUGAGCAACACCCCCCAGAGUCAGACACGACCGGACUUAAUACCUUUACCUUACCCAAUGGCAAGGCUGCUCUUGCAUAAAGGAUUCCUGAGUGAAUAACCUGACACUUGAGAACUUUGAUUCCCUCAGAUAAGGAGCAGCUAUGCCUGAUUUUUUCCAAUUUCAUCAAGAAAUCAAAUAUCUUUGUCUGUUUUGUUUUUAUAGAAGCAAACCUUAAGAGUGUAUGUGUGUGAAAGAGAAGCCCUGCAUCUUUUUAUCUGUAAACUGACAGGUAUAAUAGUUUUUCAUCCAAGCCAAUAAUUUCCCCUGACCAUGUAAUUUCAGUGAUAAUCAAUAAAAGACCUGAAUUUCUGGAUUUCCAAAUCUUUAUUUGGAUUUGGUGCUUACGACGUGGUGCAAAUUGAUCUGAAAAAGUUGGCUUUUUGGAAGGGCCUAAUGAUGGUUGGUGCUCAUCCCCAAUAUUCAGACCCAUUGUUCUCAUAUGUGAACUAAUUGAUGUCUUUGUUCUACUUAACAGGUUAAACAAGGAAAAAUGAAGCAAUGGUUUAAUAGGUUUCAGUGUGUUGCUUGUUUCUUUAAACCUAUCUUGAACCAAGACUGUAAUUAAUAGAUAUAAGUUAUUCCAUCAAAAUCUGCUGAUGAAUUUGUCAAUUAAAAGGAAAACCAGCUUUCCACAAAUUUUAACCCUAUUUUUAAAAUCCAAGAAAACAUUUCCUAGGAAUUUCUAGGCCACCCUGGCUGAUUAAAGAUCUUCAGUUCUAGCAAUGUCAUUUAGUCUUUGAUUUAGUCCUGAAGAUGGGACCCUAAUUAAUUUUUGGGAUCUAUAUAACAUGAGGAGCCCCGGUGGUGAAGUGUGUUAAAGAACUGAGCUGCUGAACUUGCAGACUGAAAGGUCCCAGGUUCAAAUCCCGGGAACGGCGUGAGCGACCGCUGUUAGCUCCAGCUUCUGCCAACCUAGCAGUUCGAAAACAUGCCAAUGUGAGUUGAUCACUAGGUAUCGCUCCGGCAGGAAGGUAACGGCGCUCCAUGCAGUCAUGCCAGCCACAUGACGUUGGAGGUGUCUACAGACAACGCCGGCUCUUCGGCUAAGAAAUGGAGAUGAGCACAAAUCCCCAGAGUCAGACAUGACUGGACUUAACUUCAGGGGAAACCUUUACCUUUUUAUAUAUAACAUGAUAUUUGCAUCAAUACUAGAUCGUUUCAGUACCAUAUCUCCCUGAAAUAUUCAUAUUCUUUUUUUUUAAAGAAUCUGAAUGUUAACUGCAACUAUGUUUGUUUUGUGUGUUUAUACUCAGUGAAGACCUUGCCAGAUCGUAAAAGUUUGUUUCAAGUAUUUAAAGCCUGAGUCCAGUAAAGAUAUGCACCAGAACCCUGA